AGUUGUUCUGUUAUCGGGUGUGCUGGGUGUUCAGUGCCAAGCUGAUAGGGAUUGGAUUCCUCUAGUUCUUUUGUUUGGCUGCCCUCAGACUGCAACAUGUGGAGGUUCGGCAACAUUUUGUUAUGGAACUUGAUGGCUGCAGUAAUCCUCUUGGGUCAAGCAAGGCCAAAUCUGAAGGUCAAUUCACAGUCAAGCAGUGGUUUACAUUCAGACUGCGCAGGUAAUCUAAUGAGGCUGUCAUUGGACAAGGCCCUAGCAGUGGGGAAUGCGCUUGAGGUGGAGGCCAUCAAUGGCACCCAGCACAUUGUGUUAACACCCAACUUGGCCGCUCAGUGUGGAUACAGCAUGGAGUCUGACCCGUGGGGUAACACCAGAAUCUACUCGUCUCUGCUCGGCUGCUACGUGGACAACCAAGACGAUCAAACCUUUAAUGUUGGCUUAAGGCUCCGGAUGUACGGCCCCAGUGGAUCAGAUGUGGUUACCCAUGAUGUGACGCAGACUUGUAGCUACACUCGGUGGGCCUCCAGAGAGAUUCUCUGCGACAGGAACUACAUGGAAGUGUCGCACCACAUUGCUACUCCUGAAGCUAAGGGACAGGCUCAAGAUGUUAAACAGAUCGACACCAUUCCUGAUGCCUCUGGGGCAGCACAUGGUAUCUGGAAGUUGACAUUUUACACCCCAGAACCAGUGUCAAUGGUGCUGAGGGAGGCUGAACAAGCCGGCUAUGGUGCCAUGGUGACCUCGACACGUCUGGUUAUGCGAUCCCCGUACAAUACAGCAGAGACUUAUUCGGAAGAUGUGGGUGGCGUCUCCAUGAAUCUGUUCAGGUUGAGUGCCUACUACAAGGCACCACAUGGUCUGAGUGUGGUGAAUUUGGUAGCUGCUUGUCCCACAGGCGGCGUCCUCUUCAACAACAAUGUAAUCUCUUGGCACGUACCUCGCCGUGUGCCACAACUGGUAGAUGGCAGCUUUGAAAUUCUAGAAAUGCACAUGGGCAUCAACGGGAAGAGACUUGAUAGCUCUCAGAUGGCGGCACGAGGAUACACGCUAUCCACCAAAGAUUUCUACAUCGUCAUUGAAAUCCCAGUUGGCUCUCCUGAUGGCCACUACAAGAGCCAUGCACCAGAUUACCAGUACCAUAUCACCUAUAUUGUGGAGCCCAUGCUUGAGGUACUGUGGAGGACCACUGACACCCAAGAUGAUGCCAGAUACAAGGUUUUGUUCCCCAUUACCACACCUCUUAUGCUUCAACCUCUCCACAGCCAAGAAAAUACUGUCCCAGAGGCCCGGGUGUUCAGCGUUCUCUUGGGGCCCCUUCUUCAUGAUGUGGUGCUGAGGAACAUCACCUUCUUCACCAGAGUUCUCACUGUUGAAGAGAGCAAUGCCAGAGGUUUCACCGUCCAGGAGCACCGCUACUCCAAUGGAACCAAGAGCAUCUCUGUUUUAGUGCCCUUUGAUGCAGAUAUUGUCCUGAAAGAUAAUCCUGAACCCUUGGUUACAACCUACUCCCUCUCUCUGAUCUUUGGGUUUAUCAUCCUGCCUGAAGAAACUCCAUUUGCCCACCCAGUCGAGUUGCAGGCGUCUCUGCAGGAUGUUGAGCUACCCACCAUCACUGGCACCUGUGACCAGAACCAGUUUUACAUCGGUGUGAAAUACGGGAGUCAAGGCAACAAUGUCAAGGCAAUGGUUGGACUUCAUCAUCUGACACCUGAGAUGGCUGACUACCAGUUCCAUGAAAACAGCACUCACUUGAGCCUCGUUCUGCCCUACACUGCCAAGGACACAGCCUUCGAGCUGAUAACCUCAGAAUCACUACGAGCCCGCGUUGACUUCUUUCUGUUGCAUACCAGCAAAGACUGGGUGCUUGCUGAUCUUUUCUUGUCCUGCAACUUCCCCUUAACAACAACCGAAUGCUACCCCAAUGGGACGAUGACCGCUACGGCUGUGAAGGUGGAUUCUGUGACCAAUAUCAUCCCAAGUAGGCUGACCCUAAAGGACCAGUCGUGCAAACCGGCAUUCAGCGAUGAUCGCUUUGCAUAUUUCUCUUUCAGUGUUGCGUCCUGUGGAACCACUAGAACGUUCUUUGACCACUACAUGCUGUAUGAAAAUGAGAUUGCCUUGCCGUACAACAAAAGAGCAUCUCCCACAUCAACAGUUGGACCGCAGUACAGACAAACUCUUUCCUGCUACUAUGUGGUCAAUGAGACUCAGACUGUUGGCUUCAGCUCACAACCAACGCUCUAUGAACCCACCGCAGAGAUCGGCUCAGGACAGUUGACAGUGCAAAUGAGGCUAGCCCAGGAUUCAUUGUACGAGCUCUUCUACCAAGCGGAAGAUUAUCCAGUUGUAAAAUAUCUGAGGCAGCCUCUGUAUUUUGAGGUGGAGCUGGUUGAGUCUACUGACCCAAAUUUGGAGCUCAUCUUGGAGAGCUGUUGGGCUACACUUGAUGAAGACCGUUCGUCUCUGCCAAGCUGGGAUAUCAUUGUGGACAGAUGUGAGAAUCCAGAUGACAGCUAUGUAACAAUUUUCCAUCCUGUUGUGAGUGAUGCCAGGGUUUUAGUCCCAUCCCACAUCAAACGCUUCUCUAUGAAGAUGUUCACCUUCACUAAAGAUGAGGAGGUUCUGAAAGACGAGAUCUUUGUCCACUGUGAUGCAGAGAUUUGUGGCUCACACAGCCAAGCAGCUGGUUCAUGCAGAGGCCAGUGUGUGCAACCUGCACACCAGAUGAACUACAGACAAGAGAGAAAAGGAGUAAAACGGGUGCAAAGAGGAACAGACUCUACCAACCAUAGGCAAAUCUCCUCUGGACCUAUUGUUUUGACCUCUGGUCAAUUAUCUGAAUAAAGCAUUUCCUGACUCUUGCAAAUGUCUUCAAUUUGUAUCAAAUCUUUGAAAUAUCCUUUUGGUUUUCACCCUCAAUAAACCAUGGGUGGAUUUGUACAGAUGCAGACU